GCUCAUAUUCCCCUCGCCAUUUUUCUACCUUGCAGGUGUGCAGGUCAGGAACGUUCUGGCCUCAUCCCAGCUCACUCAGACUCAGCUAGCCACUGUUUGGAACCUGGCAGAUGUGGACAAGGACGGCCAGCUGACAGGGGAGGAGUUCAUCCUGGCUAUGCACCUGGUGGACAUGGCGAAGGCCGGACAGCCGCUGCCCCUCACGCUUCCCGGGGACCUGGUGCCCCCCUCCGUCAGAACGGGGAAGCAGGGGGAAUUGCUUCCUUUGAAUCGCACCAUCGUCCCUGAAGAAAUUCAAGUUGAACCACCCCAGAAGACAAAGAGUAAUGUUUCGUUCGAGGACAAGCUAAAGGAGAACUUCCAGCGGGGAAACGCUGAGCUGGAGAGGCGGCGGCAGGUCUUACAGGAGCAGGAGCGGCGCGAGCAAGAGAGGCGGGCCCAGAAGGCCCGGGAGGAGCAGGAGCGGCGUGAGCAGGAGGCGCGGGAGCAGGAGAGGAGGCGGCAACAGGAGCAGGAGCGGCGGCUGGAGAGGCAACGCGAGCUGGAAUGGCAGAAGGAGGAAGAGCGCUUAAAGGAGCUGGAACGCAAGGAGGAGCUGGAGCGUCAGAGGAAGAUGGAGUGGGAGUGGAGGAGGCGACAGGAGCUGCUGAAUCAGAGGAACCAAGAACAAGAGGACAUCAUCAAGCUUAAGGCCAAGAAGAGGAGCUUGGAGCUGGAGCUGGAGGCUGUGAGAGACAAGCACAAGCAGAUCUCUGACCGACUCAGGGACGUCCAGAGCAAGAGGAGCAUCCAGAAGGGAGAGCUGGAACUGAUCAGUCAGAAGCAGGACAGCUGCCUGCUGGAGGUCAACGCCCUGCAGCGGCAGCUUGAGGAGGGGCAGAGGAAACAUUCUCAGCUGAUUGUGGAGCAGUCAUUCUUGAAGUACUUAAAUGUCAUGGUGGCACAUGGGUGGUACAUGCUUCUUGUGCUUCUAAAAUGUCCGACACUUUCCUCCGUAAAGAGGGGCGUGACUGAGAAGGACAUCGUCUGUCGGAAACUCAAGGAGCAGCUGGAUGUGCUGGAGAAGGAUACCGUGGCAAAACUGUCGGAGAUGGACCAGUACAACGUGGACAUCAAGGAGCUCCGGGAAAGCCAGACCAAGCAGCAGCAGGUCCUGGACAGACUGCGGCAGGUCAAGGCCGACAAGCUAUGUGACCUGCAGCGGAGGCGAGAACUGGAGUUGGAGAGGAGGAAGAGAGAGGAGGAGGAGGCGGUCAGGCAAGCCAAGCUGGAGAAAGAGCGGCAGUGGCGUGUGAAGUUGGAGCGGGAGGAGGAGGAGCGGCGGAGGAGGAUCCAGGAGGAGCGGGAGGCCAAGCUGAAGGAGGAGGAAGAACGUGAGCGUGAACUCCGGGCCAAACUGCGCGCCGCUCAGGAGCAGAGGAGGCAGAAGGAAGAGGAGAGGAGGCGGCAAGAGGAGGAGCGGAGAAAGGUGGAGGCAGAGAGAAGGAAGCUAGAGCUGGAGAGGAAAAGACUGGAAGAAGAGAAAAAGAGAUUUGAGGAAGAGAGGAGGAGGCAGGAGGAAGAGAGAAGGAGGCAAGAGGAAGAGAACAGAAGGAAGAAGGAGGAGGAGCAGGAGCUGGAGAGGGAGGAGGAGGAGAGAAGACGUCAGCGGGCUCAGAUAGCUGCUGUCAGGGAUGCAGAGGAGCGGAGGAGACAGGAAGAGGAGCAGAGGAGACAGGAAGAGGAGCGGAGGAGACAGGAGGAGGAGCGGAGGAGGCUGGAAGAGGAGAAGAAGAGACAGGAAGAGGAGAGACGGCGAGAGGAGGACAGGAGGAGAAAGCAACAGGAGGAGGAGGCCGUGGCCAGACAGCGGGAGGAAGAGGCCCGGCAGCAAAAGCAGCAGCAGCAGCACAAUUUAGGCAAGACAGACAUUCAUGAGAAGCUGUCGGCCCUGAUCAGGGGCCUAGAGGAGCGAAAAGGGAAUUUGAGACCCGUCAAGUCAACGCACAGGAAAUCGGCCUCCCUGACAACCUACAGAGCCCUGUACCCCUUCACAGCACGGAACGCGGACGAGCUCACCUUUGACACGGACAGCUUGAUUGAGGUGGACGAGAAGACGGAAGGCGAGCAGGGCUGGCUGUAUGGCAGCUACCAGGGCAAGAUGGGCUGGUUCCCUGAGAGCUACGUCGAGAAGCACAGCCAACCGGAAUCUGCGGCCAGCACGAAGCAGGCUCUGAUGCCCACAACUGCAUCUACCUCAGUCUCUGCAAGCAAGGCGGAGGCUAAUUCCAGUACCUUCCCAGCAGGACAGAGCACUCCUGGGGGGGCAGGGCAGAACUCUGCCUUCACUCCCACCCACCCUCCAGGCUCUGCCUCUAUGGAGUAUGGACAGGUGGCAAGUGGCCUCCAGGUGCAAGCGCUGUGCUCCUGGACGGCCAAGACGGACAACCACCUGAACUUCUCCAAGGAUGACAUCAUCACGGUGCUGGAGCAGCAGGAAAACUGGUGGCUGGGGGAGCUGAAUGGGAAGGCAGGUUUUGUGGCAGUUAAAAAUCAUUUGGCCAUUCUGUCUCUCAUCCAAUCAGAGUAUGUAGCCUUAUAUACCUAUGAAAGCCCAGAGUCAGGAGACCUCACUUUCAACGAAGGAGACACCGUCGUUGUGACGGAAAGAGAAGGGGACUGGUGGAAAGGGUACAUCGGAGACAGGAGUGGAGUCUUCCCCUCCAACUACGUAACGCCAAAGGAAUCUGAAACAUAUAGCACCACUGGAAAGUCAGGUGGAGUCGGCAAAAAGCCAGAGGUUGCCCAAGUGACGACUGCGUACACGGCCACCGGAGCGGAGCAGCUGAGCCUGGCCCCGGGACAGCUUAUCCUCAUCCAGGGCAAGAACCCAUCUGGGUGGUGGCAAGGGGUUCUGCAGGCUAGGGGUAAAAAACGCCAGAACGGAUGGUUCCCCGCCUCCCACGUCAAGCUCUUGGGCCCCACCAGUGGGAAGUCCACACCAGCUCCAGUUCCAAUUUGCCAGGUCAUCACCAUGUACGACUACAAGGCGGGCAACGAGGAUGAGAUGAGCUUCUCCAAAAGUCAACUGAUCAAUGUGCUGAACAAGGACGAUGCUGAUUGGUGGAAAGGGGAGCUGAAUGGCGUCGUCGGCUUGUUCCCCACCAAUUACGUCAAGAUGACCACGGAGUCCGAUCCCAGUCAACAAUGGUGUGCUGACCUGACCAGCCUGGACACCAUGAGUCCGCAGGAGAGGAAGCGACAGGGUUACAUCCACGAGCUCAUUGAGACGGAGGAGCGAUACAUGGCUGACCUUCAGCUGGUCCUGGAGGUGUUUUACAAGCCCAUGUCUGAGUCGGGACGCCUGACAGAUGUUGAAAUGGCCAUGAUCUUCGUCAACUGGAAGGACCUGAUUAUGUCCAACACCAAACUUCACAAGGCACUGAGGGUGAGGAAGAAAACGGGUGGCGAGAAGAUGCCGGUGCAGAUGAUUGGGGACAUCCUGGCCUCGGAGCUCUCGCACAUGCAGGCCUACAUCCGCUUCUGCAGCUGCCAGCUUAACGGUGCAGCCCUGCUGCAACAAAAGACUGACAAGGAACCCGAGUUCAAGGACUUCCUCAAGAAAAUCGCUACAGAUCACCGGUGUAAAGGUAUGCCACUGUCCAGCUUCCUGCUGAAGCCUAUGCAGAGAAUCACCCGCUAUCCACUCAUCAUAAAGAACAUUCUCGAGAACACUCCAGAGAAUCACUUGGACCAUGGACACUUGCGGGAGGCUCUGGACAGGGCCGAGGAGCUCUGUCUGCAGGUCAACGAGGGGGUCCGGGAGAAGGAGAACUCCGACAGGUUAGAGUGGAUUCAGAGCCAUGUCCAGUGUGAAGGCAUCACUGAGAACUUGAUAUUCAACUCCUUGACCAACUGCCUGGGUCCCCGAAAGCUGCUACACAGCGGCAAGGUCUAUAAAACUAAGAGCAACAAGGAGUUAUACACCUUCCUCUUCAAUGACUUCCUGCUGCUCACCCAAGCAGUGAAGCAGUUCACCUCAUCAGGGACGGAUAAGCUCUUCAGUCCCAAGUGCAACAUGCAGUUCAAGAUGUACAAGAACCCCGUGUUUCUAAAUGAAGUUCUGGUGAAGAUGCCCUCCGAUCCGUCUAGCGAUGAGCCAAUCUUCCACAUCUCCCACAUCGACCGUGUUUAUACUCUCAGGACAGAGAACAUCAAUGAGACUGCCUGGGCGCAGAAAAUCAAAGCUGCUUCAGAACAUUUCAUAGAGACUGAGAAGAAGAAGCGAGAGAAAGCUUACCAAGCUCGUUCCCUGAAAACCAGUGGCAUUGGCCGCCUGCUGGUCACUAUUUUGGAGGCCACAGAGCUCAAGCCCUGCAAGCCCAAUGGAAAGAGUAAUCCAUAUUGCGAGGUGACCAUGGGGGCACAGUGUUUCACCUCCCGGACAAUAAAUGACACAAUCAACCCCAAGUGGAACUUCAACUGUCAGUUCUUCAUUAAGGACCUGUACCAGGAUGUUCUAUGUGUCACCAUCUUCAAGAGGGACCAGUUCUCUCCCGAUGACUUCCUGGGCCGCACUGAAGUUCCUGUGGCCACCAUCAAGAAGGAGCUGGAAAACAAGGGAGCAGCGACAAGGCGCCUGCUGCUGCACGAGGUGCCGACAGGCGAGGUGUGGGUGCGCCUGGACCUGCAGCUGUUCGACCAAAAAUCUCUCAAAUGAGGCGACGCGGAUUGGUGCCAUGCCAUACGCCC